AUGAGAGUGACAUGCCGUUGGUGCCAUAUUAAUAAUUGCAGACGAUUUCGAUGUCAAAGAAUGGAUAAGAUGAACAUGAUGUCAAACAUUGUUACUGAGGAAUUACCAAGAACUUUCAGAAUACCUGAAACAGUAGAUGUUGAGGAAGAAAAUGUAGCCACUACAUCUGAGUUUUCUACAAUGAAUAUAGCUUCAGAAAAAAUGUUAAAAAUAAAAGAUGUUUCAUUGUAUCAUAAAGGAUCAUUAAGACAUCCUAAAAUGCAUAAAAAUUACUAUCAUAAAGAGGCUAUUUUUAUUAGAAAUAUUCGUGAAACCAGAAGUCCAUGUUGGUUAAAGAGACCUUCACUUAGUUCUAUACGAAAAACUACCAAUAGAGGGAGAAAUAUUUGUUUUACCUUGCGUCGAAAUUAUAUUGAAGAUAUUUUUGAAUUUGUUCAGUAUAGAAAAGAUAAAUAUAAUGACUCCCAUCCACUAUAUGAUAUAGAAGAGGAGUGUGAUGAAGAGAUAAGAAAAUUUGAAAGAGAUGUUCAAAGUUUUGAAACAUUUCCUAAUGAAAUGACGUUUUCUGCAACUCCAAAAAUUGUUGAGUUGGAUGAACACGGGAAUGAAAUUGUAGAUACCUCUAUAACAUCUAGUAUUAAUCAUUUUAACAAUCUAUCACUUGAAAAUACAAAUCACAAAGUAUGGAGGAAUUGUAAAAUUGUGAAAAAUCCUGAAAGUUCUAACAACUACGAAAAUUUUCUUGAUUUCAGGGAGAACAUGCUUGUUUGUGGCUUACAAAGUCUUCACAUUCCAGAUAAGAAAAACGGGUCUAUUGUAAAUGAAAAAAAAUGUUUUGAGUCCUCAAUUAAUACAAUUACAGAUGAACUUGUAAAGGCAUUAAAUAUGUCUCAAUAA